AUGGAAAAAGUAUCUGGUUUUAGUAGAGUUGAUGAGCAGUUUGAAUUACCCCCUGGAUUUCGAUUUCAUCCAACAGAUGAAGAGCUUAUAACUCAUUAUUUAUCUCCUAAGGUAUUUGACAGCAGUUUCAGUGCAAGAGCUAUUGGAGAAGUGGACUUAAACAAGGUUGAACCUUGGGAUUUGCCACGGAGGGCAAAAAUGGGUGAAAAGGAGUGGUAUUUCUACUGCAUAAGAGACAUGAAGUACCCUACAGGUUUAAGGACAAACAGAGCUACAGAGGCUGGAUAUUGGAAGGCAACAGGGAAAGAUAGGGAAAUUUUUAGCUCGAAAAUUCUUGUGGGAAUGAGAAAAACUUUGGUUUUUUACAGAGGAAGGGCUCCUAGAGGGGAAAAAACUGAUUGGGUCAUGCAUGAAUACAGAUUAGAGGGCAAAUAUUCUAUGCAUAAUCUCCCCAAAACUGCUAAGAAUGAAUGGGUUAUUUCCAGGAUUUUCAAGAAGAGUUCAGAAGGGAAAAAAGAAAAUGUACCAGGGCAAAUCAGGAACAGAAAUUAUGUUGCCAAUUCACUGCAGUCUGAUUUGCCUCCAUUACCUUCAUCUUCUUGUAAAAAGUCUGAUACACCCCUUGCUACGAGAUCCGCAGAAGUUUCCACUCCAAAUUCAGUCGUUUUCGCCCAAAUGAUGCCCUUUAUCCAAAAUAUACAAGAUUGCUCCACCUAUGAAGUAGGAUUGGAAUCUUAUGAGGAUCAAGAAUUUCCAAUUAUUUCAGCCGGAAAUGUGGACCUUGAUUGUCUCUGGAAUUGUUAA